CAUACCAAAGUGCCUCUUCCACCCUCCUGGUUUGACCGUGACAGAGCUUUCUUCUACUUCCUAAUUUCUGUUGAAUUCAGAUCCAUGUUUUAACAUUGAAUCUGAAUUUUGAGCAACUGAAUGGCGACGAGAAAUCGUACGUUGCUCUAUAGGAAGUACAGAGAUGCAUUGAAGAGUGUUCGGGUUCCGUCGAGUUCUACGGCCUUGACGAGUUCCGGCGGUGCUGGUGGUCCAGUGAUUGAAUUGGUCAGUACGUCGCUUCUGAAUCAGAAUCGUCCUUAUGCUCCGAUUAGUACCGAGGAUCCUGGUUAUUCAAGUAAGGGUCCACUUACUGUAGGACUACCUCCAGCUUGGGUGGAUGUAUCUGAAGAAAUAUCAGCCAACGUGCAACGAGCACGCACAAAAAUGGCAGAGUUGACCAAAGCUCAUGCAAAGGCUUUAAUGCCGUCAUUUGGAGAUGGUAAGGAGGAACAACGAGCCAUUGAAGCUCUAACUCACGAGAUAACUGACUUGAUAAAGAGAUCAGAGAGACGACUGCAGAGACUUUCUUCUACCGGGCCUUCAGAGGAUUCCAAUGUGAGGAAGAACGUGCAGCGUUCUCUAGCUACUGACCUUCAGAACCUCUCUGUAGAGCUCCGCAAGAAACAAUCAAAUUAUUUGAAGCGACUUAGACAGCAAAAGGAGGGUCAAGAUGGGAUGGAUCUAGAGAUGAACAUAAAUGGAAGUAAAUCCAGAUUUGAAGAUGAUGCUUUGGACAAUAUGGUAUUUAACGAGCAUCAGAUGGCCAAGCUGAAAAAAAGUGAGGCAUUCACGGUAGAAAGAGAAAAGGAGAUCCAACAGGUUGUGGAAUCAGUAAACGAGCUUGGUCAAAUUAUGAAAGAUUUGUCUGUGCUAGUUAUAGAUCAGGGAACGAUUGUUGAUAGAAUAGACUACAACAUUCAGAAUGUUGCAACCACAGUUGAUGAUGGCCUUAAACAGCUGCAGAAGGCGGAGAGAACACAAAAGAAAGGGGGCAUGGUGAUGUGCGCAACGGUGCUUAUUAUCAUGUGCUUUAUUAUGCUGGUUCUCUUAAUCCUCAAGGAAAUAUUUUUGUGAUCCAUGGGGACCUGACUCUUUAAUUAUGGUCACUUCUCAUUGCGGUGAUCCUCUCCACCGACAUUAACCAAUGCCUGAUCGGAGAAAACCGAAGAGUAUUUCAAUUCUUUAUCUUUGUUGCGGAUGGGUACGGAGGGUGGCAGGAGGCACCGGGCACGUAUUCUAACCUUUGAGGUUGGCGGGAUUCAGUGGGAGAGGGUACAUAUGACCCAAAGAUCUAUAGAGCGGCUGUAUUUUGAUUCUUUUAGCGGAACAAUUAUUUCUUCUUCCAACCUCGUACUGAACUCCCGCCACCACCCCAACCCCCCCCCCCCCCAAAACCAAAAUAUAUAUAUUUUGUCGAUAUUCUCAUUUUCCUCUGAUAUUCUUUUUUGGUUUCCUCUCGCGUGCUUGAGUUUCAAGGGAAAGAGAAUUUGUGUUUAUAUCAAAAUAUUCAUUCAAUAAAAUGACGUGUUUAAG